AGGAGGCGCCAGGCAGGGAGCCGGCCGGCCGGCUUCCAGGCAUCUGCGUGCGCUCCCAGCUCUUUCCACACCCCCAACUCCGCGCGGAGCCUCCCCCGCGCUCCUGCCCCGCAGCCCCGGGACCAAGCCAUGAAGCAGGCGCUCAUGGAAGUCAUGAGGAUGAACAGGAUUUGCAGGAUGGUCUUGGUCACUUGCUUAGGAUCCUUUAUCCUGGUCAUCUUCUAUUUCCAAAGUAUGUUGCAUCCAGUAAUACGUAGGAAUCCAUUUGGAAUGGACAUCUGUUGUCGGAAGGGGUCAAGAAGCCCGCUACAGGAAUUGUAUAAUCCCACCCAGUUGGAGUUGUCUAAUACAGCGAUCCUUCAUCAGAUUAGGAGAGAUCAAGUCACAGAUACAUGUCGAGCCAACAGCAUGUCUAGCAGGAAACGCCGCGUGCUGACACCCAAUGAUCUCAAACAUUUGGUGGUGGAUGAAGAUCAUGAAAUGAUCUAUUGUUAUGUACCCAAAGUGGCCUGUACAAACUGGAAGAGAGUCAUGAUGGUCUUGACAGGACGGGGCAAAUACAGUGACCCCAUGGAAAUACCGGCCAAUGAAGCCCAUAUAUCCUCAAACCUGAAGACCCUCAACCAGUACAGCAUUCCAGAGAUCAACCACCGCUUAAAAAGCUACAUGAAGUUCCUGUUUGUCCGGGAGCCUUUUGAGAGACUGGUGUCAGCGUACAGGAACAAGUUCACCCAGAAGUACAACACCUCCUUUCACAAGAGAUACGGCACCAAAAUUGUGAGGCGCCAAAGGAAAAAUGCCACCCAGGAGGCUCUGCGUAAAGGUGAUGAUGUGAAAUUUGAGGAGUUUGUGGCAUAUCUCAUUGACCCACACACCCAAAGAGAAGAGCCGUUCAAUGAGCACUGGCAAACUGUCUACUCCCUCUGCCACCCCUGCCAUAUCCACUAUGAUCUUAUAGGAAAAUAUGAGACACUUGAAGAUGAUUCCAAUUACAUCCUUCAACUUGCAGGAGUAGGCAGCUAUCUGAAGUUCCCCACCUAUGCAAAAUCUACGAGAACUACUGAUGAAAUGACCACAGAGUUUUUCCAGAACAUCAGCUCGGAACACCAAACACACCUAUACGAAGUCUACAAACUUGAUUUUUUAAUGUUCAAUUACUCAGUGCCAAGCUACCUGAAACUGGAAUUAGAGGGAGGAGGAGGAGGAAAGAGAGCCUGUUUUAUUUAAGAUUUUUAUUUGUCAUAAUAAAUAUGGAGAAUUGUUAUUUUGUAAAUUAAUAUUUUCUUUUUGAAUGAUGCUGCGAGCAGCACAGUCGAAAUUAUUUAAAUCAUCUGUAAGAAAGGACAGUUCACAGGAUAACAGGAUCAUUAUGAUCUCACUUUAGAAAUGAAUAUUACUGCUACACUGUUUAUAAACAUUAAUUGUGUUCUGGUGAAUUUCAUUUAUCUUUGCAUUCAACAAAUUCUAAUGUUAUUUAUAAUUAUUUAAAACAUGGUCUCUUGGUAGGUUUCAUUUUAGCAGCAGAAAUACGAUAAUAUUUGGACAAAUUAUCUGGUUUUGCACUUACCUAAUCUGAAUUUGUGUUGGUUAUUAAUGGCUUUUUAUUAACCUUUCCCAAAAUUAAAUGGGGGGGAAAUAAUGGGAUUGAUUAGUGUUGCUAGCCAUGUAUUUUGGAAACCCUAGUAGAAAUUUCUGCCAAGGUGAUUCUGCACUUAGCAAAAUUAGAAAGUUAUCUUCCUAUACCUGAAAGGAAAAAUAUGAAACACGUUUUGUUACACAAAACAUUUAAAGUCCAGGACUAACAAGUUGAAUGUAUCCCUUGAAGAGAGAAAUCAUAAACAUUUCUUAUCUGGACAUGGCCCUAUCACCAAUAUCGCUUGUGUCCCAGUGCCUAGUAUUUCCAACUUGCCAGCCCAAUGAAUGCUGAUGAGGAUUGGCGCAAAUUACAAACAAAUAAAUAUGGACUCAGAUUCAAAACGAACUAGUGAUUCUGAAUGCCCAACCUGACCCAGCUUAACGGAGGCCUGAUUUCAAUGGGUGGAUGCUUAACACUUUCUAAAAAUUUAGGCCCUUUUAAAGGAUCUCAAAAUGUACACCCAAACUCACUAAUCACUUCAGAAAAUCUUGGCAAUAAGACGUUUGUAUAUGCUAUAUAUAUAUAUAUAGCAUAUACAAACGUCUUAUUGCCAAGAUAAGACUUACAUAUAUAUAUGCAUCCAAAAAGUUCAUAUUCAUGUUGAGCUAAGCAUAGAGGCAAUAAAAGCACUCCUCUAUUCUUAAUAGAUAUUGGUUUCAUGACCUCUCACCUCCGGGGUAGUUUUUUUUCCCCUAUUUAUUGGUUAGUAUUUAAAAACCAUUGGUGAGCGUGUUUCUAAUUUCCAGUGGUUUAAUAUUACAACCUGAGUUAAGUCUCGUUUGAGAACAUGACCCUUCUAUGUAAGGUCAAUGUAUCAGUAGCCGUUCCUCUGUAUAUAAUGUUUGUUGAGGUGGAAUAUUGUGCUGGGGGAGUAGUUUGUUCAAAACAUUCUCCAGGUAACAAAAGAAACAUAUGGAUCAUUCUAAUCUAGAACUAUUUGCAACCUUUGUGAGAAGAAUACAGUAUUUUCCACCUGUAAGAUUUAUUUAAUUUUAGCUGUUUGAUGUAAAUGGGAUCCACAACUAAGCCAGCAGUGGGCAUGCUAUUUAUGAACUACUACAUACAAACUACCAUAUUGUCCUGACCUGAGGAGACAGCAGCGUGAACUAAUUCUGUACAGUGCUUCACCACUUCCUUCUGGCUUAUUUUCCUACCACUGAAAGGGGAACAGAGGAAUUUGUCUGAAACAGGUGUUGAUAACGUGCUUUUCACUUGGCAAAGUGACAGCCAAGAUUAUCACCAUAAAUGCUACAGAUUUUCAAAAUCGAAAGUUGCUUACAGAUUUUGCAAACAUUCAUUGGACUGGGAUUUUUGUUUUGCAAAAAACAAGGUGAUAGGUUAAAAAAAAUCUUUUCACGGUAAUGCUUUUUUACUUUGAGUUGUCCAUAGCCAUCUCACUAGAAUCAAAUUACAAUGUAAUUGUAAUGUUAGAAAAGUUGAGAGGAGGCAAUAGGUAAAGCCGCUCUGCUUUUGACCCAAUUUAUGAAUCUCUAGGCUAGACCUUGGAAUUACAUAUGUUUAUGUCCAUCAGAACCCACACAGACAUUGAUUACUUUUAAAGAACUUAAAAGAAAUAAGACUUGGUUUUAUUCUGCAAAGCUACUGGUGGACAAAAAUCUGUCAGGAGAAAUAACAUAGCUAACAAGAAGCACCUAACGUACUUUCACAGCUGAACUUUGGCCCUUAUGAAAAGAUGGCAACCCCCUGUUGUCAAUUCUGAAAUGGACAUUUUAUAUAUAAAACCUACAUGCUAUUUGGGAGCGAUGGUAAGCUGUCUAAAUUUAGUCAAUUUAUAAAUUCCUAAGUGGUUUCUGAUUGCCUAUUAAUUUUUUACUUGAAAGCAAUUGUCUUGGAUGGAGUGUGGGGUUCUGGUGUAAGUGCCUAUCACAGUAUGUGCCCUGUCUUUCUUUUAUUAUGUAGUUCAGUGGUUAUAUAUUUGCUUUUUAAAAAACCCCACCUACACUGAUGGUAGAUUUGGUCUACAAAUUAUUUAUAGGUUGUAUCUGUUUGCUGAAUGUGCCUGGCAGUGUUAAUAUUUUGAUCUAACUUUCUCUUCAUUCAUCCAUUAGAUGUUUUCUCCCCUGCUCUGCAGGAAGUUUUUAAAAUGGUCAUGCAAGAAAAAAUGCUGGUCAGUAAAUAUAUAAAAACUAGGGGAUGAUGCACUUUCCCUGUGUCUUUUUAUUCAUCCCUUAUUAUCAGUUCCACCUGUUCUUAAAUACUUUCAUUUGGUUUGUGGACACAUUUUAUUUCAUGGCUUUGGUAAAAAGCACUUGGAAAAUGUGAAAAUUGCAACAUGUGCUAUUACAACCAAGAUUUUCAAAAGUGGCUGAUGAUUGGGAUGCCAAAAUUGAGGUGCUUCAAAGAAAUCUGAUCGCCGAGGGCACAUGUCCAGCACUUUCUGAAAAUCCUUAUAAAGGUGUCUCAAAUUGGGCAUCCAAAAUUGCUCAUUGCUCUUGGUCCUAGAUCCUCACAGGAUGUUGAUUUAAAUAUGGUGGAACAAAUCUGAGAAUAUGAAGUAUAGUUAAAUAUAAGCAAAUUGACAAAAUAGAAUAUGGUAAUAGCCUGCUUGCUAAUCUCCAAACUCUAUGGAGGACUAACGGAGAGGAUCUACUUUAAGCUUCAGUGUGUAUUGAUUAGACUGAGCUUUUUUUUUUUUUUUUUUUUUGCACCUGAACCCA